GGUAUCUCAUCUUGUAAUUGGAGAUGGUAGAAGAUGGGAAGUUCCGAAUUGAGAAGUUCGAUGGUACAGAUUUCAGUUGGUGGAGAAUGCAAAUUGAAGAUUUGCUGGUUCAGAAAGAUUUGGACGUGGUAUUGGGUGACAAGCUAGAAAAGAUGUCAAAUGCAGAUUGGGCAGGUUUGGAUCGAAAAGCAAUGUCCGUGAUCCGACUCUCGUUGACCAAGAAUGUUGCGUUCAACAUUCUGAAGGAGACGACAGCGAAAAGCAUCAUGGAAGCGCUGUCUAACAUGUACGAGAAGCCAUCUGCGGCAAACAAAGUGUUUCUGAUUAGAGAAUUGGUGAACACAAGGAUGAAAAAUGGCACUUCAAUUACCGAGCAUAUCAACAAGUUGAAUUCGAUCUUAGCCAAACUUUUGUCGGUUGGCAUUAAGUUCGAUGAUGAAGUUCAAGCUUUACUACUGUUAUCGUCAUUGCCUGACACUUGGUCCAGAACUGUUACAGCAGUUACCAGUUCAGCGGGACCUGACGGAUUCACUUUUGAGAAGAUCCGUGACCUCGUUCUUGGCGAAGAUGUCAGAAGAAGGAGUUCUGGUGAGUCUUCGGAAGAAUCACUAAAUAUCGUAAGAGGUAGAGGAAAUAACAGAGGUAGUGGGAGCAAGAACAUACGAAGGAGUCGAUCGAAGACUCGGGAUAGCUCAGGCAUAACAUGCUCGAAGUGCAAGGAGGUGGGGCAUUUCAGGAAUCAGUGCCCGAAAGAGGAUAUGCAAGUGAACAUUGCUAGAGGCUCCGCGAGCGACGAGGAUUUGUUUAUCUGUUGUGCGGAGAGCAGUGUGGAUUCCUGGGUCAUGGAUUCUGGUGCUUCAUUUCAUGCUACCCACAGCAGUGAAGCAUUGCAGAAUCGGUUGGACGAACACGGACACAAGGUGAAGUUCGGAAACAGGCAGUGGAAGGUCGUGAAGGGAAAUCUUGUCUUGGCCCACGGAAGAAAGAGUGGGUCGCUGUACAUGGUCGAGUUACCGUCUGAGGGAGUGACGGUCCCAAUUCAGAAGAGAAACAAAGUCCGGUUCACAGAGUCCCGUGGGCAAAAGAAGGUUGUCUUUGCAAGAGAGAAACCUAGAGCCACAGGUCAGACUCAGGUUGGACGAGCAAGGAAAGGUUCAAGGAGGCCAGUGAGAGAUAUCUGUGGCAGUGGGAGCACAAGAGGUGCUUCAGCCAAGAUUGUUCCAGGAUCCGGCAGUGCGUGUGUGCAGUGGGAGCCGGUAGGGACCGAGGAUGAGUCAAGGGCAGUUCAAGCCAUGACUGAUGGGUUGAAACUUAGGAGAUUUUCAACAGAGUCUUCUCGAUGAUCAAGAAGGCUGGUGGCAACUAGAGGUGGUGGAAUUUUGAGUUCCCUUUUCAGAAUACAGAAGUACAUGUGCU